AUGGAAUCUGCAAACUUUCAUCACCACCAACAAGAAGAAGAUCACCAGAUUCUUGUGGACUCUUCUUGCUAUGGACUUGCUUCCUACCAAAACCCCAUCUUGUCAAUGGAAAACUUCAUGGCUCAUGAAGUGCAACAUCUUGCAAGAAUCAAGCACGAGCUCUGUGUCUCAGGAUCGUAUCCAGAAAUCUCAGAAAUCAUAAGCAGCAGCCCAACAUCCAGCAUCGAAGAUUUACAGUUACAGUCUUCCCCAAGCUUCGUGUCAAAGAAUAAUCAUCAACGAAUUAGAUACAACGAUGAUCAUAACAAUCAAGAUAUGUUGCUCAAAACUUUCUCAAACGGAUGUCAAAUAAGAGGUGAUCACCAGAUGCUUAUGUAUCAAAUUCCCUCAUCUGUGGAAUCAUCGGUCUCAUACCUUAAUGAUACUAACAGCAGUUAUAGAGGGACCUUUAGCCAGAUUUUUCCAACACUAAAUAUUCCGAGUUUGAAUCAAUCCCCGAGCUCUUUCGAUAUCAACUUGCCAGCUUUAGAUCCCUUUGGCUCUCCAACGUUUAAUGCGAGUUUUAGCCAUCAACCUUCUUCCCUCAAUGGUCAUCAUAAUAUAGGAGUAGGCCUUUUCAGAGAAACCUGUUUGUCUUAUGGUCUUGAUCAAAUGCAUCACCCUCAAGAAAUAUCACCAGCCUUCAUCACCGAAACAACAGAAGCAAAAAGGCCAGCCAGCAAUUAUACGACGGAUGCAAAAGCAGCCACUCCACCAAAGAAAUCAAAGCUGGAAUUGCGCCCUUCUUGCGCACCAUUGAAGAUUAGAAAGGAGAAAUUAGGAGAUAGAAUUUCAGCUCUUCAGCAGAUGGUGGCACCUUUUGGCAAGACAGAUACAGCAUCGGUGCUCAUGGAAGCCAUUGGAUAUAUCAAGUUUCUUCAAAACCAAGUUGAGACGUUAAGCGUGCCAUACAUGAACUCGACACAGAAGGCCAACAGAACAUCAUCACGAGGGGGUUCAAUAAAGGAUGUAAAUGAAGAGACCAAGAGGGAUCUUAGAAGUCGAGGGUUGUGUCUGGUGCCAUUGUCGUGUUUGUCGUAUGUCACGUAUGGAGGUGGAAGCAUUUGGGCAACCCCCUAGCUAGCUAAUAAACUUCACAAGAUCGAUCGCUCUUUGUCCACUUCAAUCAAGAGUGAUGAGAACAAAGUCAAUCCUUUGGAAACUAUACAUAUCAGACUUGAUCAGAUCGAUUGUUUAAUUUCAUCUCACUUUUUUUGUUGAUAUGAUGGAACAGAUUUGGUCGUCCUGUAAACGAUGUUGUUGAGGAUAGACCAUGUCUGAUCCAUUAGUAAUGUAUCCAAUAUUGAUAUUAGAUUGAACAAACCGUGCAAC